AAGCCAUAAACUGCUGAUUCAGCAAACAAACGUUAACCGUCGGCGGGAAACAUGAAACGAAAGUACCCCCGAGCCACUCUCAGAAAGAUCAUAAAGGGAAAGAGGAGUGUUAACCUGUCUAAGUCCGUGGACAUUGCCGUGUUUCUGGGUCUAGUUCUGGCUCUCAAUAAGCUGGCAAAGGCCGCCAGUAAUAAAGCCCAAGAAGACAGGGAGACUGUCAUCACAUCCAGACACAUUGCUUCAGUGGCCCCUGAUAUAUUGUCGAGUUUGAAGGGAUAGAAGUGUACUUUCUUAUCAUCCGUAACACUCCCAAGCUUUUACUCCAUAUUUUGUCAUCAUGAAUAAAACUAUUUG